AACCUACUGCAUUUACAGUAGGAUUUGUUGUCUGGAUAUAAUGUUGGUGUUGACAGUGUCUUUGAUGUUAUUUACUUGUCAUCUUUGGAUAGUGUGUUGUCACUGAAGCCCCAGGAACUUAUCACACAUCUGACACGAUGGCAGGAGGAAUCUUCACCAACUUGGAUAAUCUUUGUAACAUGGACUGUAGUAAUGUCCACCCCCUGGUGUGCCACCUGUGCCAUGAGCAGUACCAGUCUCCGUGUUUGUUGGACUGCUACCACAUCUUCUGUGCACGCUGUCUACGGGGCCGUACCAAUGACAGCCGUCUCAACUGCCCCCUCUGUGGUUACCCAUCCAUUGUAAAAGGGAAUAGCGCCCUCCCUCCAGAGGACCGUCUCCUGAAGUUCCUGGUCGACAACAAUGCAGACACUGAGGAGACAGUUCAGUGCGCCAACUGUGACCAGGAAAGUAACAAAAAGGAAACAGGGGUGAUGUACUACUGUAACACUUGUAGCCAGCCACUGUGCGGCGCCUGCAGGGAGUUGACUCACAAGGCCAGAAUGUUUUCCCACCAUGAGAUUGUAUCGCUCGCCAAACGCAGCAAAGCCAAACACAGGAAGUGCUCGCUCCACGAGGAGCCCUACAUCCUGUUCUCAACAGAGAAUAAGUCUAUGCUUUGCAUCAAGUGCUUCAGAGAUAUGCAACUGGAGAGUCGGACUCACUGCAUUGAUAUUGAAACAGCUUACGUGCAGGGGUGUGAGAUGCUGGACCAGGCUGUACUGGUGGUGAAGGAGCUGCAGACUUCAGCUCGAGAGACGAUCAUUCUGCUGAGAGCAAUGAUAGGAGAAGUGUGUCUGAAUGUGGAGGAAGAAGAGAGUGCAAUCUGUACUUUGUUCAACAGCUUGCAGGAAAAACUAGCAGAGAGGAAGAAGAUUCUGCUGAAAGCAGCUCAGAGUCAACACGAGGAGAAAGAGAAAGCACUAAAGGAGCAGCUCUCACACCUAACUGCCCUCCUACCAACCCUCCAGGUUCACCUCGUCACCUGUUCGGCUUUUCUCAGCUCUGCCAACAAGUUUGAGUUUUUGGACAUGGGUUACCAACUUAUGGAGAGGCUGAAGAGGAUUGUAAAGCUCCCUCAUCGACUGAGACCAGUGCAGAGCAGCAAAAUCAACACAGACUACAGAAGUGAGUUUGCUCGCUGUCUGGAGCCCUUACUGCUGCUUGGCCAGCGCUGCCCUCCUUCUGUUGCCGGACCUACAAGCAUUACAACAAGACAUCAGUCCCCUCUCUCCGUGUGUUGCCGCUCGCCGUCUCUCUGCGAGAUGCCCCUGGGCUCGGCGUUCGGGCGAAGGCCCACUUGUCACAGAAACAUCUGCACCAAGGUCCUCCUGGCUGAGGGGACGGAAACACCCUUCACCGAGCACUGCCGCAACUAUGAGAACACCUACAGGACUUUCCAGACAGAGAUUCAGAAUCUGAAGGACCAGGUCCAGGAGCUGCACCGAGAUCUGACCAAGCACCACUCCAUCAUCAACACAGAUAAAAUGGGAGAGAUCCUGGACAGAUCUCUGCACAUUGACAGCCAGAUAGCUGCCCAGUACUCCACUGUGGAAACUAUGAGAGUCAUGUUUGAAGAGAUCUGGGAUGAGACUUUUCAGAGGGUCACUAAUGAGCAGGAGAUCUAUGAAGCUCAGCUUUAUGACCUAAUGCAGCUGAAGCAGGAGAACUCUUACCUAACUACUAUCGCCAAGCAGAUCAGCCCCUACAUCCUGUCCAUUGCCAAAGUCAAAGAGAGACUUGAGCCCAGGUUUCAGGAGCCUAAAGAGCACCACGACGACCGCACAGAAACAAUGCUGAAAAUCUAUGAAGACAGCACACUCGCUAAAGACAGUCAAGACAGUAACAACCAGACCUGUGUCACAGACCAAGACAGAGACAAGAACAACCGCCCGCUGAUCCUCGACUCGGGGGAGAGCUCUGUCAAGACCAAUCGUCCUGGCAGGCAGAGGGUUCCCACGGAGACAUCCAACCACAAUGAGAUGCCUUCAUAAACACCAUGUCAUUUGAUUUCUCCCUCUCUGCUCCUGUGCGUUAAUUCAACCAUAACAAGCCCAGGAUGGUAUGUGACUUCGUCUGCUGUCCAGAUACUGUACAUAACAUUUUCUAAGCAGUGAGGAGCUGUCAGCAGCUCCAAGGUGAGCUCUUGGAUAGACACUAACUGGACGUAUAAACAUGGAGGUCAAAGACUCACUGCUGUCAGAGGCAGACAAGGACAGCCUCCUCUUUCAAAACGGACAAAGACAACAACAUCAUAAAGAAUUGCUUUGGUGUUAUUUAAGAGCCAUGGACUGCUUUAAUGAGAAAACAGUGAAUAAUAUCUCACUUUCCUGGAUUCACUUUUGUCUGUGUUUUGGCUGUUAAAAUGAUAAGUAUGCUGAGAGUGUGAAUUAUUGCUCUGCCUUUUUCUUUUUUUUUUUUUUUUUACCGUGUGUGUGUGGAAUCGCUUCUUGCGGUAUCCAUUCUUUGCAUAAAACAUUUUUUUUUCUUUUUGGGAACUGGAGGCUGAUGAUGGAUGACUGCCCAGGUCCGAUUCCCCAGAAGAUUGUUGAACACCGAUGUGACAGCACAGAUGGAACACAGCAAAUGCAAUGAUGUGUGUGUCAUUCUGGGUGUCAGUGUAGGUCACAUGUUUGAUGUGUGUCAUGUGUAACAUCGUACGCAUCAGUCUCCUCUAAAAUGAGGCAGUCUUUUCCAGGAUGGUGUCUGCAGUGAGUUGCCCCCCCCCUUUGCAAUUUCCACAUCUACAUGCAAAAAGUGGGAAAGCUAGAAUUGCAGAGGUGUGUGAAUGUAACUGGCCUUGGCUUACCCUCGAUCUCCUGCUAGUUUUUUAGACUCCACACUCAUCCUCAAUAUCCCAGCCAACCAAGGCGGUGCAGGAAAGCUAUCCCCCUUGGUUUGCCUCUCGACUCCAUCGUACCUCAGUGUCAGCAUCAUGCUUUUAAGGCAUUUGGCCUGCAGGAAAUCAGCGGGUAGCUCUCCUUCUCACCUUUUUCACCUCUCCUCUUUUUUCCCUUUAUAUCUUCCUUAUUAAUCAUGUUGUUAUUUGUUAAAACUGACAAGAGGUUGGAACAUUAAAGUAUUUAACCUACCUCUA